GACUUGGCUUCAAAAGGGAAGGAUGCUUUCUACAAAGGACGUAUAGCCAAGGCAAUAGUUGAUGUUGUACAAGAGCAUGGUGGAUUGUUAUCCCUUGAAGACUUGCAGCAACAUUACAGCACUUUUGAUGAACCAAUAAAGACUUCUUACCGUGGGAUAAAUGUUUGGGAAAUGCCUCCAAAUGGACAGGGAAUCACUGCACUACUGGCAUUGAACAUACUAGAGGGAUAUGACAUCCAAGGAAUGACCCAUAACUCUAGUGAAUAUCUCCACACCUUAAUUGAAGCUUUGUCGUUAAGUUUUGCGGAUACUCUGUGGUAUAACGCCGACCCAAAUAAAGUCAAAGUACCCGUUAGUGGAUUAUUGUGUAAAGAAUAUGCAGCAAAACGUCGAGCCCUUAUCAAUGCCCAUAGAGCGUUGGGAAGCUAUGAGCGUGGUUCACCAUUCAGUGGCAGUGACACUGUAUAUUUUAGUGUUGUUGACGCUCAGGGUAAUGCCUGCUCCUUUAUCAACAGUAAUUACCAUAGCUUUGGUACGGGCCUGGUUCCUGAGGGUUGCGGAUUCACUCUUCACAAUCGUGGAAGUAAUUUUUCGCUUCGUCCUGAACAUCCAAAUUUCCUAGAGCCAAUGAAGAGGCCAUACCACACCAUCAUACCUGGUAUGAGUACACAUGAGGAGACUGGGGAAUUGUUCGCGUGUUUUGGUGUUAUGGGGGGCUUUAUGCAGCCGCAAGGACAUGUGCAGGUACUGCUUAAUAUGAUCGACUUUGGGAUGGACCCUCAACAAGCUUUGGAUAUGCCGAGAUUUUGUAUCCAGAGUGAAGGCCAAGGCCUUGGGUCCGUUUUCCUUGAGGAAGGCAUUUCCGGAAGAGUCGCCAGUGAACUAAAGGAACUCGGACACAAAGUCGCAUACCCGGUGUGUGGCCACAACAGGACUGUUUUUGGACGGGGUCAAAUAAUUACUCGAAAGAAAGCACCUUGCAAAAAUGGACUUAAACGGGAUGUUUAUUGGUCUGGUUCUGAUCCUAGAGCUGACGGUUUAGCACAUGGAUUAUAAAGAAUGGCAAGAACUUAGUCUCUUUGGUAGUGAUUUAAAGCUACAAGCUGUCGGAUCUAAGAAACGACUGUGGAAGGAAAAUUUAAGUAUGGAUGAUUAUAAAUCAUAAUGAUGUUAGUAAACACAUCGUCUUACUUCACUUCCAUAGGUAAUCACGCGUAAUGGAUUAUAUGAUUCAUCCGUUUUGACAAGAGGGAUUCUUAAAUAAAAUUGCGAAGGUCUGAUUUGUAGUAGUGUUUUCUCACUCACACUAAAAUGUAAGGUUAAAAGGUGUUAUAUUCGUAAUGGUCAGGGGAAGCGUUUCGCUGAGUGAAUACUAAACGACCGGUAGUGUGCUUGCAUGAGUGGACCUGAACUUAUCACAGUCAGGUGGGAAUAGAGUUACAUCACUCUGUUUUAUGAACUGCCCCGACACAAAUGCUUGUGGUCACUUAAUUUUCCAAAUGUAAGAAUGACUGGUCACAAAAUUGAUAAAAGGUGCGGGCUAAACAAGGUACUUUGUAUGUUGAAUGUAAGCACGUAGGUCCUAAAAACCUCGCAACACCAUUAGUGAGCUGAUUAAUAUGUGUUUUGUAUCGAGGUAUGAAAUCAGUGAUGUUUUCAAAACAGCAUACAAAUUUAAAACGUGCAUGAUAUGCUUUAUGGCCGCUUAACAGGAGUAUAAACAAUAGAAAAACUCCUAUCGGCACGGAUAAAGGAAGCUUCAGUCGCUUGAUAGGUUUUUUAUUCGCGGGCUGAUUGUAUAAUGAUCGUAAUUUUGCAACUCUGGUAAGUGGGCGCCCUUAGGAGUAGCGCCUAACAUGGAUUCCAUUCUGCGUGGAAACACAUGAACGCAUAAGGAAAAUUAAUAGUUUGGAUGAUUCAAGUAUUUAAAAUGGGCGAAAAGGAGAAUAAUUUUUUUUUUUGAGAAAGUGAAUAUGCAUUUUUUAUGUGUUUUUAUACCAUAUUGCAGAUAAGUGAUUUUCAAAUUUAGUCUUUACUGCAGCUUAUUGGUCGUUAAACACGUACUGAGAGUAAUGCUUGAGGUUAACAUCUCACUAUAAAUAUUUUAAAGUACCAUUUAUAAGAAUUUUAUGAACAAAAUAUUAAAAUGCUUUCGCGUAUGGUUUGUGACAUUACCAAA